CCUCCAUUAAUUAAACAACUUUCCCAUCAAAGUUCUUUUCUUCUUUUCUCUCCACCUUAUGAUUCAAUUUUCUUUUACCCAAUCAAAACAAAGGAACUUGAAAAGACUGGGGGAGCUAAUUAUGCAAUUAUAAUGUUCUCUUUUUUGGUUUGUUUGUUUGUGUUUUUUUACAAAACUUCGAUGGAGACCCAAGGAAAGAUACUUUUCAUUCGGAUACGUGCUAGAUAAAGAGAGAAGUGUAAAAGAGCAGGUGGCUUAGUUUCAAAAACCCCAAUAAUAAGCUCUUCUUUUUUUUUUUCUUUGUUGCCAAAUGUUUAUGGGAAUUUGCAGUGAAGAAGCUUUAUUGGCCAUUUCUAUAUCUGCUUUUGCUACCAUAGGGUACUUGAUUUAGUGCUCACUUUUUCAGUAAUAAUGGGUGGAGCUGUGCUUGUAGCUGUUGCAGCAGCAAUUGGUAACUUUUUGCAAGGAUGGGAUACCGCCACCAUUGCAGGUGCUGUUUUAUAUGUUAAGAGAGAGUUCAAAUUGGAAAGUGAACCAACUAUAGAAGGCUUGAUUAUUGCAAUGUCUCUUAUUGGAGCCACCUGCAUUACUACAUGCUCAGGAUACAUAUCGGAUUGGCUCGGCCGCCGGCCAUUGCUAAUAAUCUCAUCGGUCUUUUACUUUCUUAGCGGUAUCGUAAUGAUAUGGUCUCCUAAUGUUUAUAUCCUACUUCUGGGAAGACUUAUGGAUGGCUUUGGAGUUGGUUUGGCUGUUACACUGGUCCCGGUUUAUAUAUCUGAGACAGCACCACCAGAAAUAAGGGGGUUGUUGAAUACCCUUCCAGAGUUUACUGGUUCCAUUGGAAUGUUUCUUUCGUAUUGCAUGGUUUUUGGAAUGUCGUUAUCGACAAUACCGAAUUGGCGAUUGAUGCUUGGAGUUCUUUCUAUUCCUUCCCUUGUAUAUUUUGCAUUAACUGUGUUCUUCUUGCCUGAGUCACCGAGAUGGUUAGUAAGUAAAGGGCGAAUGUGUGAGGCGAUAAAGGUUUUGCAGAGGCUCCGUGACAGGGAAGACGUUACCGCUGAGAUGGCUUUGCUAGUUGAGGGGCUCGGUGUUGGAGGUGAAACAUCGAUAGAGGAGUACAUAAUUGGUCCAGCCAAUGAAGACAUUGAAGACCCUGAUAUAUCGGCUGAUAGAGAUCAAAUCAAGCUAUAUGGACCAGAACCAGGUCUUUCAUGGGUAGCCAAACCGGUUACUGGACGUAGUACCCUUGGUCUUGUGUCUCAGCAUGGAAGCAUAGCUAGCCGGAGUGCCCUUGUUCCUGUGGAUCCUGUUGUCACUCUCUUUGGAAAUAUCCAUGAGAAGCUUCCCGAAACAGGAAGCAUGCAAAGCAUUCUGUUUCCACACUUUGGCAGCAUGUUCAGUGUGGGAGGUAAUCAAGCUAGACAUGAAGAGUGGGAGGACGAUGAGAGUGUCAUUAGAGAGGGUGAGGACUACCUGUCUGAUGCUGCUGCUGGUGAUUCUGAUGACAACUUGCAUAGUCCUUUGAUUUCUCGGCAGACAACCACUGUGGAGACAGGCAUUGUUCCACCUGCACAAGGAAGCUUUGCAAACUUGAGACUAAUUAGUUUAAUGCAAGGAAAUGAUGGAGAACUGGUUGGUAGCACAGGGAUCGGUGGUGGUUGGCAACUGGUUUGGAAAUGGUCCAAAAAAGAAGGCCAAGAAAAAGAAGAGGGAUUUAAAAGAAUUUAUUUGCGCCAAGAGGGUGCCCCUGGAUCUAUACGUGGAUCACUAGUUUCUUUGUCUGGUGCUGUUGCCCCUUCGGACAGCAAGUAUGUCAAGGCUGUUGCUUUAGUGAGUCAGCCGGCUCUUUAUUCCAAGGAGCUUAUGAAGGAGCAUCCGGUUGGACCAGCUAUGAUCCAUCCAACUGAAACUGUGCAGGGUCCAAGUUGGAGUGAUCUCUUUGAUCCCGGAGUCAAGCAUGCUUUACUGGUGGGGGUGGGAAUUCAAGUACUUCAGCAGUUCUUGGGUAUAAAAGGUGUUCUGUACUACACUCCGCAAAUUCUAGAGCAGGCCGGGGUCGGAUUUCUUCUUUCCAACAUGGGAAUCAGUUCAGCUUCUGCGUCACUGCUUAUAAGCGGUAUUACAAUUUUGUUGAUGCUUCCAAGUAUAGCUGUUGCAAUGCGGCUUAUGGAUGUUGCUGGUCGAAGGAGUUUGCUACUCACUACAGUCCCACUCCUGAUAAUAUCUCUCCUUGUAUUAGUCAUCGGAACCAUCGUUAAAAUGGGGAACGUCACGAAUGCCGCAUUAUCAACCAUUAGUGUCGUGCUCUGCUUCUUUUUCUUUGUUAUGGGGUUUGGUCCAAUCCCAAACAUACUCUGCACCGAGAUCUUCCCAACGCGUGUUCGUGGCAUUUGCAUUGCUGUAUGCUUUCUUAUCUCCUGGAUUUGCAACAUCAUUGUCACAUAUUCACUCCCCGUACUGCUCAAAUCUAUCGGUCUUGCUGGCCUCUUCGGCAUGUACGCCGUUGUAUGUGCCAUAUCGUGGGUGUUCGUCUUUCUAAAAGUUCCUGAAACCAAAGGCAUGCCUCUUGAAGUCAUUAUGGAUGUCUUCUCUGUUGGUGCAAAAAGAACAUCUUGAAGGAAUAUGUGUUCAAAUUUUUUUUAUUAGGUGAUUGCAAAUAGUCUUUUGAUUUGAUUUAGGUAGAAAAGGAAAAAAAAAAUGAUAAUGAUAUAAAAUUGGUUAAAUUCUACUGUUAAUCUCUGUGUGGAAGCUGAGUAUUUAGUUUUUAUAUUAUAAUUUAGUUAUUUUUAGUUUUGUAUAUUUUAAAAUUUGAUCUUUGAACUUGACAAAUGUAAAAAUUGUAAUAAUACAUGUAAUUUUAUAAUGUUUUGUAUACAAUUAAGGUAAAA